CCCAUUUUCAAGCUUCGAGAGUACUACUCCUUCAAAAAGUAGAAGAAAAAGCUUCAACACUCUGCAGUUUCAGCUUCAAUCUGGUUUGGAAAACAAAAAUAUGAGCAAGAGGGUUUUGUUCUUACUUCUUUGUUUGAAUGUGGUCUCUUAUCUGGUGAUUGCUGAACCACAAACAUGUCCUGCUGAUCUUGGUAGAAAAUGUACUGAUGAUUCAGGUGAAUGGGAAGGGGAAUUUUUCCCUGGAAUUCCCAAGAUUAAGUAUGAGGGUCCUCCUAGCAAGAACCCGCUUGCUUACAAAUGGUAUAAUGCCGAAGAAGUUAUACUUGGGAAGAAAAUGAAGGAUUGGCUGAGAUUCAGUGUUGCUUUUUGGCACACAUUCCGUGGGACAGGUGUUGAUCCCUUUGGUGCUCCAACAAAGUAUUGGCCAUGGGAAGAUGGUACUAAUUCCUUGGCUAUGGCCAAAAGGAGAAUGAGAGCCAAUUUUGAGUUCAUAAACAAGCUUGGAGUUGAUAGGUGGUGUUUCCACGACAGGGAUAUAGCUCCUGAUGGCAAAACCUUGGAGGUAGUAAAAUUUAAUAUCUAGACUAGUAGAUGUUAAAAGCAGUAAAGAAAUUGGAUUUCUUUUU